AUGGAGGAUGACUCUGACAAAGGACUGGGAGAGAAGGUUCUAGAGAACAGAGGAAGACACACUGUGGGACUUAAUAUUGACAACAAUUGUGGAACUUACAAAAGAAGUGGAGAUGAAUUAGAAAUUAAGAACAAGGGACAACAUAUUGGGAAGAAACUCUAUCCGUGUUUGGAAUGUGGAAAGAGCUUCAGUCACAGCUCACAACUCAAAGACCAUAAAAGAAUUCAUACUGGGGAGAAACCAUAUCAGUGUUUGGAAUGUGGAAAGUUCUUUGCUACAACCAUAUACCUCUGUCGACAUCAGAGGAUUCACAGCGGGGAGAAACCAUAUCAGUGUUUGGAAUGUGGAAAGUUCUUUGCUACAACCAUAUACCUCCGUCGACAUCAGAGGAUUCACAGUGGGGAGAAACCAUUUCAGUGCUUGGAAUGUGAGAAGUCUUUUACUAUAAGCAGAAACUUUCGUCGACAUCAGAGAAUUCACAGUGGGGAGAAACCAUUUCAGUGCUUAGAAUGUGGAAAGAGCUUCUAUCGCAACUCACAUCUCAAAGCCCACCAAAGAAUUCAUACCAGGGAGAAAUCAUAUCAGUGCUCGUUAUGUGAGAAGUUCUUUACUACAAGAAGAGACUUCCACCAACAUAAGAGAAUUCACAGUGAGGAGAAAACAUAUCAGUGCUUGGAAUGUGGGAAGAGUUUCAGUCGGAAGAUUAGUCUUACUUUCCAUCUAAGAAUUCAUACAGGAGAGAAACCAUAUCAGUGCUUGGAGUGUGGAAAGAGCUUCUCCAGGAAACACCAUCUCACUUCCCAUCAAAGAAUUCAUACCGGGGAGAAACCAUACCAGUGCUUGGAAUGUGAGAAGUUCUUUACUACAAGAAUAGACUUCGAUCGACAUAAGAGAAUUCACAGUGGGGAGAAACCAUAUCAGUGCUUGGAAUGUGGGAAGAGCUUCAGUCGCAGCUCUUAUCUCACUUCCCAUCGAAUAAUUCAUACCGGUGAGAAGCCCUAUCAAUGUCUGGAGUGUGGAAAGAGCUUCACUCAGAAUAAUAAUCUCACUUCCCAUCAAAGAAUUCAUACAGGGGAGAAACCAUUUCAGUGCUUGGAAUGUGGGAAGGGCUUCAGUCGGAAGAUUCACUUCCUUCGACAUCAGAAGAUUCACAGCGGAGAGAAACCAUAUCAGUGUGUGGAAUGUGGAAAGAGCUUCUCUAGGAAGGACAGUCUCACUUCCCAUCAAAGAAUUCAUACAGGGGAGAAACCAUAUCAGUGUGUGGAAUGUGGAAAGAGCUUCAGUCAGAAGAAUAGUCUCACUACCCAUCAGAGAAUUCACACAGGCGAAAAACCUUACCAGUGCUUGGAAUGUGGAAAGAGCUUUGGUUGGAGGGCUCAUCUCACUGUCCAUGAAAGAAUUCAUACAGGAGAGAAACCAUAUCAGUGCUUGGAAUGUGGAAAGAGCUUCAAUCAGCAGGCCAAUCUCACUACCCAUCAAAGAAUUCAUACAGGGGAGAAACCUUAUCAGUGUUUGGAAUGUGGAAAGAGCUUCAAGGAAAGGGCCAAGCUCACUUCCCAUCAAAUAAUUCAUACAGGGGAUAAUCCUUAUCAUUGCUUGGAAUGUGGAAAGAGCUUCAACUGGAAAUAUAACCUCAUUUCCCAUCAAAGAACCCAUACAGGGGAGAAACCAUUUCAGUGUGAGGAAUGUGGAAUGAGAUUCAGUCACAAGGGAAGUCUCACUUCCCAUGAAAGAACUCAUACCUGGGAGAGUCCACAUAAAUGCUUGGAAUGUGGAAGGAGUUUUAGUCAGGACUCCCAUCUCAUUUCCCAUCAAAUAAUUCAUACGAUGGAGAGACCAUAUAAAUGCUUGGAAUGCGGAGAGAGUUUUAGUCAGGAGUCCUUUCUCACUUCCCAUCAAAGAACUCACAGCGGGGAGAAUCACAGUCUCCCAGAAUCAUUGAAUUGUUGCAUUGGAUUGGAUGGUGAGAGUCAUCUGCUCCAACCCCCUGCAGUGCAGGAUUUUCAACAAAAGCAUUCAUGACAGAUGGCCAUCCAACCUUUGCUUUAAAACCUUCCAGUUCAGGAGUGUCCCACAUCACCUGAACUACUUUCUUCCACAGUCAAACAGUUAUUACUGCUAUAAAGUUCCUCCUGAUGUUUAGUCAGAAUCUCCUUCCUUCUAUCUUAAAUCCAUUGUUUUGGGUCCUCCUUCCACCAGAGUCAGAGAAAACAAGUUUGCUUCAUCUUCCAUGGCACAGCCGUUUGCAUAUUGAAAGAUGUGAGCAUCAUGACCAAGUGGGUAUUUGAACCCAGGUCUGCCAAGUCGUAUUCUGACCCUCUAACCACUAUACCACACUAGUUCUGUCAUGAGACUCUUGGAAAGUGUGCAUACAUGCGCGUCUGUUUAAGUUUAGGCUCAGUGUUCUGGUGCUUGUAUUUAAAGGAACGGCUUAGGGAGCUGGGUAUGUUUAGCCUAGAGAAGAGAAGGUUAAGGGGAGAUAUGAUGGCCAUGUUGAAAUGUAAUAAAAGGAUGUCAUAUAGAGGAGGGAGAAAGGUUGUUUUUUGCUGCUCUAGAGAAGCAGACACGGAGCAAUGGAUUCAAACUACAAGAAAGAAGAUUCCACCUAAACAUUAGGAAUAACUUCCUGACAGUAAUAGCUCUUCAACAGUGGAAUUUUUUGCCAACGAGUGUGGUGGAGCAUGGGCAUACCCAGCGAGGGGCAGGGGAGGCAGCUGCCCCCCCCAGAAGCAAAAAUAAAUAAAUAAUCACCGUAUUUUAUGGACCAUAACCUGCACUUUUUCCUUCCGAAAAGUGAAGGGGGAAAGUCGCUGCGGGUUAUGGAAAUCGGGCUGUUUUCGCCCCCUCCGCGGCUGCAGCCAGCAACAAGAACGUGGGGAGGGCAAGAAGCAGCCUGAAAUCGGGCUGUUUUCACCCCCUCUGCGGCUGUAGCCAGCGACAGGAACAUGGGAAGGGGGAGGAGCAGCCUGAGCUAGGGGGCGGGGCGGACAGGAGCUCCAUCCUUCCCCCCUCUUUCUUUCUAACUUAUCUACACCAAGUUAUCUUGAACUUUGUAUUUAUUUUUAAUAAAUCAGUUGUACUCCACGUCACACCUCAUUCUUUGCUACGUUGGGGGUGCAGUGUUCAGGUAAGAGUUCUGGGGUGGCAGUGGGAAUAAGGGGGUGUUUGGUGAAAGGCCCAGUAAAGACCCAGUUCACAGCUCUGCCCCUUGAAGCAGUGGGAAGGCGGUGCAGGAGGGUGUGGGCACAACAUGGGGAGAUCAACAACCUCCACAUGGUACAUUCUGAAGCGUUUUUCAAAGUGCUUCAUAAAAAACAACACUUUUAUACCAUUCCUGUAAGAGACCAGGAGCAUAUGCACAGCUUUUCUUAAACUCCACUUGCUAAAAUGAGCUGUUACACUUCAGGUAAAGAGAUGUUCCUGUUUCUCACCUCGGUUUCUGCUCCUUCUCUCUCUUGCUCGAUCCUUCCCUUAGUCCAAUAAUCCUUUGGGCCCAGCCCAGGUUCCUUCCCAGCCUCCUCCUUUGGCUCCCUUUUCCUCCGUCUCCUGAGGUGUUUUAUUUUGGGGAAUGGAUCCCCUCCCUCCGCCCCCUUGCCUGGCUGGGCAUCCUUCUUUCUCUCCCCACAGACUCAGCCCCCCACUU